AUGUCUGUUCUGAUUUUCGCCUUAUUCGUAGCUGGUGCUCUGGCUCAGAUGGAGUUUCUCAGUGAACUCAAUGCUCGAAGGCGCAACGUCAGCCCAUCUGCUACUAACAUGCUAAAAUUGAAAUGGAGCGCCGAACUGGCUGGCUAUGCCAGGACUCAUGCAGAGACAUGUGUAUUUGGCCACAAUAUACCAACAUCGCCAAAUUUUUCUUGGGUUGGACAAACAAUUGCCUACCAUUCAAACCCUGUUUCUGCUGGAGAAACCGUUGACUUAUGGAACAGUGAAAAAAGUGACUACAAUUUCGAUUCCAACACUUGCAACACAAAUGUGCAUUCUUGCCUUAAUUAUAAACAGGUCAAUUGGGCUAACACGGAAUAUAUCGGAUGUGCAACAGUUCAAUGUCCAGGAUUUUCCCACCGCGUGUGCAACUACGGGGAAGGGGGCAACAUCAAUAAUGCAAGACCAUACAAGAAAGGGGCAUCCUGCAGCCAGUGCCCAUUAGGGUUCUCUUGUAACAAUAACCUCUGUGUAUAA